CAGCUGAACAACCAGACAGAGAACUUGCAGAGCGACUGUCAAAGGACUUGAGUCUGCAUUCCUUCGAGAUGUUUCCACAGGCUGAGCUCGAGAACUACAAGUUGCAGGUGGAGUUGCUUCAGGAGAAACUGCGACGCAGCGAGGACAAUCGCCAUCAACUGGAGCACAAGUUGGACAAAGUAUUACAAAAGCGCAGCGAGCUCGAGAAGUCCGUGCGGCAUAAAACGCGUCAGGCAUACCACGAUUUUUUGGAGGAGCAGGCACAGCGCAAUGAGCGAAACAAAAGGCUCGUCCAUAUGCUGGAGCGUAUUGAUGAGCAGACGGCAGCCAUGUCACAGCGGAGUGAGCGACUCAAGAUGAUGAAGCUGCAAUAUCAAAUGUACUUUGCAAAAUUGGUUCAAAAUCAAACACUGCGCUGCAUACAUCAGACAACAAAUGCUGGAGGCACGCAAACAACGCUACCAUAUCAAGUGUUAUUACAGCCACAAGCAACGUUGCUAUCAAAUCCGACAAAUACCGCAGGAUCAGCAGCUCCGGCAGCAAAUCAACCUCUAAAUUUAAAUCCAAAUCAAAAUCAGCCUUUGCUGUAUCCCAUGCCAGCGACUGCAACUCCACAGCAAUGGGCAUUUGCCACUCCCACGCCAGCUGGUAUGCUGUUAGCUUCACAGGUAACACCACAGCAAGUCUAUAUGCCCUACCCGGAUCUAUAUGGAGGAGCUGGACAGUCGAUUGGCAACUCCAAUCUGUUCGAUCUGCGUGCAACAUUGCGCGCCCUGGACAAUGAAAAUGCUGAUUUGCCAGAACGCAUGUCUCGCUUUGAUAAAGCUGCCUUGCCAGCAGGUGAUACCGAGAAAGUCAAUUCUGACAGGACAAUAGCAACACCAACCACAUCAACGACAACAACACCAGCAACAAUGACCACAACGGGAAUUCCUUGCUCAACGCAAGACAGAAAUGCAAGGGAGCUGAGCAGCACUUCCCCAACAACGCUGGUAACGUCUUCAUCGUUGACAUUUGAUAAAUUGCCAAAUACGGCAACGAUGACUGAGCUGCCGACUGCAGCUGUCGCUGUGGCUGGCUCUCUUCCUGCCGGUGGCAACGAGUUGCGUAGGGGAAGUCAGCAGGCAGCAGGCGUGGAGCUGGAUGACUGGAUGCCAAAUUUACGCGUGACUAAAAACGAGCAUGAAAAAUCGCCAAGUGUUGCUGGCCAUAAUGAGCCCGGACGGCAGCCACAGCAGCAACAACAACAAAGGCAACCCAAUAUCGAAGCAUACUUUGGCGAGCUAAAAAUCGAUGAGCCCUGGCAGAGAGUAGCAACAUCAACAACCAUAAAGCAACGACCUGGCGACCAGUUUGAGGACAGAAUGGAGGUAAACGUGCGUGCGGGCGAAAUGAAAAGUGUUGGAGGAGGCAACAUCCUCGUUGGUGGCAUCAGCAACAGCGAUUUGCUCGACGAAGUCAAAGCCAGCCGUGCUGCUCUACAGAAGGCAGCGGCUGCUGUUGAUGAGCAGUUAGCUAGAGGUAAUCAAUUGUCGCCACCGGCAACCAUCAAUGAGCCAUACUCUAAGCCCAGAGUGUCGAUUGAGAAUAUUGAAAAUGCCAUUUACGGCGAACGUUUGACGGUAGCACCAACAACGGCAAUCUCAGCUAGAACAGCAGCAACAGCAGCAGUAACAGAGGUGGCAGCAACAACAUCAACGCAAGGAUUAUUCGAAAAUGUGGCGAACAACGCAAUGCACCCGCAGCAGCAGCAUCAAAGUGAGCAGCAGCAAAAUGAGUUGGAGCCCUUGCAGUUACAACAGUUGCCGGAAGAGCAACAGCAACUUACUACACAUGAUGCAUCCCAGAUCGAUUAUGGGCCAUAUGAUGCCAACAGUAGUUAUGUGGACCACAACGAUCCCAGCUAUGCCAGCAUUGAGUCCAGGCAGCAACAGCAGCAACAGUUGCCGCAACAGACAAGCGUUGCUGGCGAGCCGCUUUACACUGAAAUCGGAAAUCCCCAAGACGAUUAUCAACAAUAUGCAACGGAUGCAAAUGUAGCAGCUGCACCAGUAGUUGAAACCAAUGUUGAUGCAGAGGCAGCAGUCCAACAGCAGCAGGAGUACUCCAAUAUGGAUUACAGCAACUAUGAUGCGGCACAAUAUGCAGCUGCCGGUGGCUAUGAUCCCAAUGCCUAUCCGGGCUACAUAUACGAUGAGACCACUGGCCAGUAUAUUGCCGAUCCCAAUGCAGCACAGUAUGCGCCGGAUGGCAGCUACGCGGGUCAGGAGUAUGAUGCUGGUGUAACGAAUUAUGACUACUAUGGCGAACAGCAGGAGCAGCCGCAACAGCAGGCGGAACAGGAGCAACAGCAGCAACAACAGGAACAGCAGGAAGCGGCUGCCUAUUCAAUGGCUGACAACAACAGCAGCGGCCUAGCAACUGAGCAGCCACAGGAAGUGGAGCAGGGCACGCCUCCAGCCGAUGUCAUUCCCCCACCGGUUCCGGCAGCCAAAGCAGCUCCUGUCAAACCCACAUCGAUACUAGCGUCGACAGACAAACAAGCGACGCCUAAUGAUGCGCAUCAGCAGCAGCAGCAGCAAAAGAAGAAGAAGCGCGUUAAUUUCGUUGACAGCAGCGAAACGGAUGAUAGCUCAAGCGCGAAACCAGCCCAAGAGCCAUCCUCAGCACCACCCACUGCUGUGCCUCCCACGGGAGCCGCGAUAGCCGCUUCUGGCGCCGGCGCCGGCAGCGAGAGCGAUUUCGAUUUUUCAACGGGCAGCGAGGCGAAGAAUUAGAACAAGAGCAAAACACUUCAGCUCUAAUCUGCUGCCAUUUGGGUAAACCAAUGAGCGACCAGCGACGAAUGGAUACAGCGACCAUUCAAUGUGACCGCAUUCAAUUUAUAGCCAUUGCCAUUGCAUUUUGCCAUUUUUUCUUGCCUGUGCGCCACUUCUCCAUCUAUGUAUACAACAAAAACAAAAAAAUAAUAAAAAGAUAUUGAGAAAUCCAUAUCA